UCCCUGACAAUCUGCAAGACUGAGCAAGGUUAGCUGCAGCUUGUGGCAUCAAGUAUGGUCCUGGUUGGGGUCGAUUCCAAUGACGCCACUAUGACAUCCUCCGAGGCCCAAUACCCGGGCUCGCACACUUCUGCCUCGCGCAGAAAUGAGAACUUCUGCCGGGCUUUUCAGCUAAUUUGAAAGCAGAUCGUCCAGACCGGACUGUGUUGGGCUGUUGGGUGGACAACCUCUGCGGGGAAGCUACAAGCCUUAAAGGCUUUGAGCGUCAAAAGGCCACAGAGGCGUAGUCCUCCCGGGUCCAGAGCGUCCCAGAAUCGGGGGCGGGGCUUCCCAGAGGCGGAGCACUUCCGGCCAGCGAGCGCGGGCAGCCUCCUCCCUUUCUCAUGGUCCCAGGUGCCUCUCUGAGCAGGGUUCAGGAAGAUGGCUACACUAGAGGAUGUUGAGGAGUCCCUUCCUGUCUUACCACUCAACAGUCUCUCAUCACCAGGGACACCUGGAGACCAGCCCCAUGUGGCACUCCAUGGGCACCCUCACGACUCUGGGUGGGAGCCUGAGAAGACUCCACCCUCUCUCAACUCCUGCAGUCUUGGAGAUGGGCUGGCCUCAGAUGGAAGGGCACUGAGGGGCCCCUUGAAGAGCCUUCCCGGCAUGUCUCAGUGUGGAGACAGCGUUGGCCAGGAAUAUAGCUUGGAGCAGCCAGCAGGUUUGCCUCCGGGAACCAUGCCCUGCUCUCAGAGCAGAGCCCCUUGGCACAUGCUACUCUUGCCCCAGGGAGCCCCGGGGACGGAGGGUAGUGCUGAGAAGACUGCUGAACUGGGCAGUAGUUUGGGUGGAGACUGCCAGCAGGCAGGUGCACAGGGCACCAAGGCACACCGCUGUGAGGCCUGUGGUAAGAGCUUCAAGUACAACUCUCUUCUGCUGAAGCACCAGCGCAUCCACACGGGGGAGAAGCCCUACGCCUGUCAUGAGUGUGGCAAGCACUUUGGGAGCUGGUGGGGCUUCAUGCAGCACCGCCGCGUCCACACAGGCGAGAAGCCCUAUGAGUGCAGCCAGUGUGGCCAGGCCUUCAGCCAAAGCUCACACUUCACAGAGCACUUGCGCAUCCACAAUGGCGAGAAGCCCUACAAGUGUGGCGAAUGUGGCCACGCCUUCAGCCAGAGCUCCAACCUGGUUCGCCACCAGCGACUGCACACUAGGGAAAAGCCGUAUGUCUGCAGCCAGUGUGGCAAGGCCUUCAUCUGGAGCUCUGUGCUCAUCGAACACCAGCGUAUUCACACGGGCGAGAAGCCCUACAGGUGCGAAGACUGCGGCAAGGCCUUCCGAGGACAGUCACACUUCUUCAGGCACUUACGGACCCACACGGGUGAGAAGCCCUUCACCUGUGACACCUGUGGCAAAGCUUUUGGCCAGAGCUAUCAGCUCAUCCAGCACCAGAGGGUGCACCUCCAUGAGUAGCUCUCACCCCAAUAAAGUUUGGGUAAACCUCCUACUGAGUGAGAUGGGGAUGCUUUAGAGGUCCAUGGCGGGAGGUGAGACCUGUGUCCAGGUGUGAUGGCCAAAGAAACUCCAUUUUAUGGUAGAUAUUCAACUUGGAACCCACUAGCCAUUUCUCUCUGACUUCCAGUUCCUGGAAGAUCCCAGUAACCCUGACUUAGUGACUCCUGCCCAAAAAUGUAUAGCCAUGACCAUCUACUUGUUACAUGACUGACUGCUUUUUUGGCUUCUGUAACCUGCUUAUUCAGACAUUCAAGGCCUAUUUUGAGGUCGCCCCUCACUACCUAACCUUCACAGAGCAGCACAGCUCCUGGCUUGCUUAUGUAGACACUCGGUGGGUUUUGCUGUUACAAAUCCUUCCCUCACCUCUUCAAACAGCAGUCUCUAGUGUGGCUCAGAGACUAGUGUCCUGCUAUCAGGUUCAAUAAAUUUAUAACUAAUUACAAUCCA